UCCGGUUCUCCAGCUGACGGUUACCCUCUUCCGGUGUCCGGUACUCCAGCUGGCGGUUACUCUCCUCCAGGUGUCCUAUACCCGCCUCCGGUAACCGGUACCCUCCUCCGCGCACCCGCUCCAGGUGUCCCGGCUCCGCUCCGACAUGCUGUCCGUGCUCCUACCGGCGGCUCUCUGCCUUCUCCUCGGCCGCCUCUCCGGCUGUUCCCCGGCAGACAUCCCGCACAUCGCGGCGUACUUCGGCACCAAGACCCGGUACGAGGACGUGAACCCGCGGCUGCUGCGGGACGUUCUGUCCGUGAACAUGUCAGUCCUGAGGCCGCCGCCCACCGAGCGCUGCUCCCCGGUCCACCUCACCGCCGUCAUCCGCCACGGCAGCCGCUACCCGACCGUCAAGAACAUCCGCAGGAUCCACAAACUGAGCGAGCUGGUCCGGACAGAAGCGGCCAGAGGCUCCGAGGGCUCCGAGGGCUGGCUGCGGGACAUCCAGAGCCGGUGGGAGGCCUGGUACACCGAGGACAUGGACGGUCAGCUGGUGAUGAAGGGCAGGGAGGACCUCCUCCACCUGGCUGUCCGUCUGUCCGUCUUGUUUCCAUCUCUGCUGUCGGAGGAGAACGUGAGGAAGAGGAGGGUGUCCUUCGUCAGCAGCUCCAAGCACCGGUGUGUGAGCAGCGUGGAGGCGUUCCAGGACGGGCUUCGGCGCCGCGGUCGCCACGACGCUCCUCCGGAGUACGACCACGAGCUGGACGACGAGCUGAUGCGGUUCUUCGAGCGUUGCCGUGGUUACGUGGAGGGCGUGGAGAACAACCGCACGGCGCUGAUGGAGGUGGAGAAGUUCCAACAUGGAGAGGAGAUGGAGGCUGUCAGGAGGAGGAUGGCUGAGAGGCUGGGCCUUCCUCAGCACCGCCUCACACCAGAUCUGGUGGAAGCUGCCUUCUUCCUGUGUUCCUAUGAGCUGUCCAUCAGGUCCGUCCACUCUCCAUGGUGCUUCCUGUUCGACGAGAACGACGCUAAGGUUCUGGAGUACCAGUCGGAUCUGAAGCAGUACUGGAAACGCUCUCAUGGUCAUGUGAUCAGCGGUCUGUCCAGCUGUCCUCUCUUCCAUCAUGUCUUCAGGACUCUCGAUAAAGCUGGACGUCCUCGCAGGUCCACGGAUGCGUCUCCAGAGCCGGCCUCCAUCUUGGUGGGUCACGCUGAGACGCUCCUCCCACUCCUCUCCCUACUGGGACUCUACAAGGACCAGACUCCGCCCACAGCCAGCAACUACCAAUCACAGCACGUCAUCCUGUAGAUGUUUUUCCAUCUCCACGUUUCCUCUGCUCAUCGUCUGUAGAUGUUUCACUAUGCUGAAUGGAUCUCCAACAACCUGCUCCUCUGUUCACUGUUUGAGUCAUGCUGUAUUUAUUUUAUUGACCUUUUUAUAAUUUUGGACAUAUUUUUGGUCAUUUUGGACAAUUUUAUAAUAUAUUUGGACAAAUUUUGAACCAUUUUAUGCAAGUUUUCAGUCAACCUUCAAGAGGAUCUUUCCAACCUCCAGAGACGUCCCGCUGGUUUCUCCUGAAACUGUGAAGGUAAAACUGGCCCUCACCUGUUUCUGAGCCUCCACCUUCUGCUUCCUGGUCGGGUCGAUGGCGUCCACCAUCCACUUGAUGGUGAAGUAGGUGACGGCUCCAAAUAUGGUCAAACGGAAGAGCAGGCCGAUGACCUCGUUCCUGCCCAGAGGACGGGCGAUGUUCUCGGCGGGAACCUCCCUCAGCACCAUGGCGACGCUCAGCUGUUCUCUAGGUGCUGCAGAAACAGGGUUAGUCAUCAGCAGCUUUUACUUUCACACUACAGCCACAAGUACUUAAAGGUUCACAUUUAGUGGAAUCAGUGCUUUUGGUUCAAACUUCUUCUGUUCAAGAAGUUUAUCAGCAAGUUUAUCAGCUGACUGACCGUCUUUCUACCAGAAACCAGAAUGAAUCAUCAGAGGGUUCUAGAACCACUAAAGUCACCAAACUGCUGUUAUUAGGACCUGAAGCUGCUGCUGGUAAACUGGUUCUGAUCCUGUUGGACUUCCUGUGGUGUCUAGGGUUGCCACCCGUCCCUUAAAAUAUGGAAUCGUCAUUUUUUUAAAAAAAAUUUAAGUUAUUUUUUGGCCUUUUUUCGGCUUUAUUUGAUAGGCAGAGUGAAAGACAGACAGGAAAUGGGGGAGAAGAGUGGGGGGAGGACAGGCAGCAAAGGGCCGCGAGCGGGAAUCGAACCCGGGCCGCUGCGUCGGGGACCAGCCCCUGUACAUGGGUCACCCACUUAAACCGUUGAGCUAUACGGGCACCUGGAAUGGUCGUUUAUUUGAUAAUUAAUUGUUGCAAAUUGUUCCGUAUUUUCAUGAAUGUCCCAUAUACAUCUGUCACACACUCAUCCAAAUCGUAUAAUGAACAAAAUAAAACACAGGAAAUAUUAAGGGCAACCAAUUUCAUCUUCAUAAGACCUAUGUAGCGAGGUCCAGCGGAUACAUAGAUAUAUACAUAAGAUGUUUAUUCAUAUCUAUGAGCGGACAGAUCUCAGGCUUCUCUGUGUACUGAAGUCCUUAUGGUGAGAGACAUCAGUAUCUGGUUGUGAAUUUACCAGAGGAUGCUUGUAAUCCUACUGAUGUGGCCAUAGACUCUACACUAGUUUAGUGACUCAAUAAAUGCCUAAGUUGUUUAUUAAUUUUAAUGCUUUUUAGUUUUUAAUAAACAUUUACUUAAUAGCCUACAUGUAAUCAGUAAAUGAUGACUAUCUAAAGAAAAACUCACUCAGAACUCUGAUAUGUUAACAGUACUAAAUAAAUAAAUCAAUAAAUUCAUGCAUACACACAUAAAUAAAGCAAUACAUUAAUUAUGUUACAGUAAGAUUUAGAUGAAAAAAAAUGUAGAGAAUUUCUUUGUCCAGUAUUCUGCAGUUAGUUUAUAUUUUUGCAGAGUCCAGUAUUGCACAUUGGUUGCUCAUUACAUUUUAUUAGUUGGUUUCACUGUUUAAAAUGAUGCCACUUCCUUUCAAACAGAACCUGUGAUCAGAAAACAAUACAAAAUUCUUAGUUUCGUGUUAGUAAAGCACUUAAAGCAUUACGUAUGGCUAAAUGCUUUUUUUCAAAAUUAAAUAUAUCACUCCUUGGCUGGCAGUGGCCCCGAGUUCAGUAAAGUUGGAAAGAUAUUCACAGAUUCAGACUUCCGGCAUCAAUAACUCAUUAGAUAUAGGUUAUAAAACAUAAACGAUGCCUCUUUCCCAUCAUAGUAAGGUAGACAAUGUGCUACAUGCCCAGUAUUAUCAAUAGUAGCUGCAGAAAUAACAUUGGUGUUUAUGCGCAAUCGGCUGUGGACAGGUGUGGUCUGCAAAUUCCAAAACCGCUGUAAUAGCGAAGAGAGACACAAAUAUUCAAACACUUCACUUUUAUACACUGUAGUGUCACCAAAAUCACUGCAGCCUUCUACUGGCUCCUGUUGACACCAAUCUUAUUCCUGCAACUUGAAAAAUAGCUACUUUUGCUAAAACUGGGCUUGUAGCACAUUGUCUACCUUACAACGAUGGAAAAGAGGCAUCGUUUAAGUUUUGACAACCUAUAUCUAAUGAGUUAUCUAUGCCAGAAUUCUGAAUCUGUGAUAAUCUUUCCAACUUUACUGAACUGAAGCCCCUAGGAGCCGUGGUGGCCGUCCUUCAUUUUCAUUUCUGAGAAGUGGCAACCCUAGUGGUGUUAGUCCGCCUGGUUUCGGUUCUGUUCGGGAUCAGACUCAAGUUUUCAACUGUAAUUGGUUCAUAAAGUCCUUUUGAAUGCAGCCUAACGCAAGAGCAGCUUCCGGUGCCUCGGUUCUGAUGUGCGGUUCCGGUCCACAGAUGUGUCUGUCGGACCGGAAGGGAAAAAGUUCUAAAUCAGGCAAAAGUUCACAGGAUUUUGGUGAAAAGUUCUCGGUUACGUGAUCGUGUCUCAUCACCGGAACCGUCGGUACGAAACUAACCAGCCUGCCCUUCAUGUGUCAGCGGACACACCGGGGCCCAUCCCGGACCUCCCGGAGGCCCUCGGGCCCCCCUUUGGGCCCCCCUUUGGGCCCCCCGGUGCUGUACCAUGAAACCGAACAGAUGGUGUGGAGAGAGGCUAGCUUUAGCAUUAGCUUGACCUUCCAGUUUCCCCGGUGUUACGGAGCGGCUCAACACCGGUUAAAGACACGGAUUUAUCCGCUGCGGAGCACCGACGGCUCCGGAUACACCUGGAGAACAGAACGCCAGGAACCGAGAGUUUCUUCGGUAAAAUGAGACCCUCACCUCCCGCUGACAGUCCGGUACUUCCUCGGUUUCUUCUUCGGAGGUUCUAGUGCGGCAGCUGGAUGCUCUUCUUCUUCUACGGUCCUUUAACCGGAAAACCAAGUUACGACUCAGUACUGCCACCUACCGAGUACUUUUACUACCACCUACCGAGUACUUUUACUGCCACCUACCGAAUACUUUUACUGCCACCUUCGGUGUACUUCUACUGCCACCAACCGAGUACUUUUACUUAAUCAGAAUGGAUCUGACUGUAGUGUGUACUUGUACUGCAUAGAUCUUGUACUGCAGGUACAUAGUACUCCAGUACUCCGGCUGCAGUACCGUCUAUAUCCUGCGGGUGUCGGUGUCGCCCCGCUGAUCCACUCAGAGGUCCGUUCAGUGAAUCAGUCUCCGGUUCUCCAGCGCCGUUAAAUCACCGGACGCACGGACCCGGUGGAUCCCCGGUAAAGCGGCUGACAUUGGGCCGAGGUCCGCCGCUGCGGCCCCGGGGUUGGUUACAUAACGUCCGGUAGUUGCCAGGUCUGAGGGGGAUUCAGGUGUCUGCUGAUGGAGGUUUUCAAUGCGAGGAUGAGGCCAUCAGCACCUGGCAACCCUGCGCUGACAGGAUGUGUUUGGUUCACAAGAAGCGUCAUCAAGUCAGACAGUGACGCAGCAACACAGGGCGGCGAGCUUUACAAAAUAAAAACCCAGCUCAAGAUGAUGUAAUCUGUCGUUUUACUGGGAUUAAUAAACCCUCAUUAAUACUGAGGCUUUACUGUAGAACACAUGGGAUUUUUAAUAAAAAAUAAUUUGAACAACAUGCUGAUCAAAUGUUUUAUUAAGAUAAACUAAAAUUAAUUUUAAAAAAUCAAAUGUAAAUGAAAAAUAAUGUAAUAACUAAAAUAAACAUGUUUAAAUAGAUCAUAAUGAAAAUAAUAAAUUAGAUAUUGGAACAAAAUUAUUUGUUAAAAUCCGAUUUUAAUAAAAAGAAAAAACAACUAAUACAGUCACUGAUCAAUCCAAGUUGUAGAAAUAAAAUCUCUGAGAAGCAGAAACAUUAAAUUAUUCUCCUUUAACCCGUUUUACACUUUAAUCUUAAUAAAAUCUUGGGUAGUAUAUACAACAUUACAAAGUACCAGAAGUAUUUAGUGCUAUCUAAGUGAGACAGUAACAGAUGGUCCAGCUUUCUGCAGAUUCUCACAGUACGUGAUGGAAGCACUUCUGAUCUGCUGGAUUUUAAUGUUUGAGUUUUAUUCUCUGUCUAAUGUAAAACACAUCAAUUUAAUCUUGCUUUCUGGACUAUGUCAUAUCAAUGAUUUGUCAUUAAAUAAAUAUUUUUGUUUCACUGUAAAUUCAUGAAGCACAAUGUUCAAUGAAAGUUUAAUUCAAUUUUAUCUGCAAUACAAUACAAGCAUUACUUCUUAUUUUUAUUUAUGUCACUGAGUGCUGUACUGAUGUAUUGUUGCCAUUCUAUUCGGCCUGCAUUUAUUCUGAUGUGACUGAAAUUUAAUAUCUGAUCAUACUGGGUUAUAACAAGUCUUUAAAAAGUC